CGCGCACCCACCAUGCUCAUGCCCUACUAGAUACGCCCUGGAUAGAGCACAUGUCCACCCCUCAUAGGCCCCUCAGCGAUGCGUCGUCUCCGCCCUCUACCGGCGACGCCAACCCGCCCACGUAUGCCUCCUUCUCUCCCGCCCAUCUGGGCCAGACGACGCCCCAGACCAAGCGCCGCUCGGCCAUACUCGUGCACCAGAAAUCGCCACUGCUCGCUGCCACUCCGCCACAGAUUACACGCGUGCUCGCAUACUCGCAUCCCUUCAUCCUGCCGCUGAACAAGUUUGCCGGCCUGGUAACAUGGACCACGGGCGAUCCGUGGGAGAGCUUUCUCCUCGUCGCCGCCUUCUGGGCAGUCGUCAUGUAUGGCGACGCCGUCACGAGGUAUGCGGGGCCCAUUAUCGUCGUGUCGGGCUUGAUACUGGGCAUGUACGCGCGCCGCUACUCUCCCUUGUCAUCGACUGGCUGGACCGGCGAGAAGGGGCAGACGGAGCACCGGCGCGCUGAGUCGGACACCAACAUCAAGCACCACAAGAGCCUCGAGGAGAUUGUCGACAGCCUGAAGCUCUUCACUUCGCGCUGCAACAUCCUCCUCGAUCCCUUCUUGCGCCUGACCGACUUUCUUUCCACGCAAAGGACGGCAACGUCGGCCACCACACGCCCAGCACUUACCGUGCUCUUCAUCCGCAUCCUGUUUGUCCUGCCCAUAUGGAUAGCCCUGACACUUCCGCCCCUGUACAUCCUGACCACGAAACGGGUUGUAUUGGCCGUAGGCACUAUCAUACUCAGCUGGCAUUCGCGACCAGCGCGCGUCACGCGCACACUGCUCUGGAGAUCAAGGACGGUCCGAAAGACGUGCGCCUUCCUUACAGGCCUGGAUUUUGGCGACAUCACCCCAGCCCAGCAGAACGGUGCGCCCCCCCUCCCGCCACGUAGGAAGAGUACGCAGCAAGUCGCAGCCUCGCUUGCCGCCAAACGCCGGCCCGAGUCGACAGGCGUACGCUUUACUUUCACCAUCUACGAGAACCAGCGGAGAUGGCUUGGCAUUGGCUGGACCUCAUCCAUGCUGGCUUAUGAGCGCGCUUCUUGGACAGACGAGCAUCUCAAUCCUGUUCCUCCCAAAGAAGAGUUUGAACUGCCUGAAGUCGAGGGCGGAGGGGCGAGAUGGCGGUGGGUGCAGGGUAGUGAGUGGAAGGUUGAAGGCGGCGCAAAAGACUCCAAGGCAGACAAGGGCGUGUCAAAGGAGGAGUCGGGUUGGAUCUACUAUGAUAACAAGUGGAGGGACGGUCGAAGAGGGCAAGAUGGCUGGGGUCGCUAUACCCGUCGCCGAAAGUGGUACCGCGAUGCCGAACUCGUCGAGUCCACCCCUUCUACUGAUACCACACCCAUCCCGACCCCCAAGCCAGUACCAAUCGACACUUCUGGCGACUCGGACGCCAAUCACCUGCGGAAGCUCUCGUCCAAUCUCAGCGUAACCUCCAGCACGGAUCCGACGCUCGUCGAAGGCGACGGGCGCGAGUACGCCGCGUCGGUGACAUCUGAUACUGACGCGGCAAGCACCAAGAGCAGGAGAAGCUGGUUCAAGAAGAAGCGGACCAAGAGUACGAGCGGCAGCGUUAGUGGGGCUACGGUGAUCAGCGAUGCAGGUACCGGGGGAACGAGGAGAAGCGACGAGGACGACAUGCAGAGUCCGCUUGACCGCAUUGUCCGGGAUGAGGAGUGGAGGCUUGGUGAUGACAUUAGGCAGCAUCUAGAUAUUUGAGUUGAUGUUGU